AUGUCUUCUUCGAACUUCGGAACCGUUGAGAACGGCCAAGCCCAAGUGGAGAAGCAGCGUCUGGAGACGGUAAGUAGAGUUAACCUAGUUAGGGUACACAAGAAAAUGUUCUCCUUGCCUAUUUUUCCAUCCGACUGGCACUCAAACUGGUAAUUUCAGGAGAACAAGCACCUGAUAGUCUCCAUCCAGGCUUACAUCAGGGCCAAUGAGAAGCUGGUGUGCGAGAACACAGUUCUCUACUCCGAAACCAGAGAGAUGAAGAAGGAGGUGGAUUCGUUGCGGCAGGUAAUUCAGAAAAUAAGCCUAAUUCAAAUACAAAUUUUUCUUUUUAGGAGAGCGCCGCCAACUUGAGCAAGGCCAACGAGGCCAUUCAGUACUCGCAUCUCCUGGAGAAGAUGCUUGACAGCGCCACGGACGCUACAACCAUGUCGCAGGAGCGCGAAAGAGCGACCGAGGCUCUCCAGGCGGAGCUCGACAAGUUCCGCCAGGAGAACAUGGAGCUCCAUGACAUCAUGGAGGAGUUUGAGAACAUGUGGGCUGCCGAUUCGAAGCAGUUCCAGGAGGGACUUAGAGUUCUGCGAGAGGAGAGAGCGCGGCUCGAAGGGGAGCUGGAAGCGGCCGGCUACACAAUCGAUAGCAUGUCAGCAACCAUUAUCGAACAGAAGCAGGAUAUCGACACGGCGAACGUGGAGAACGAGGAUCUGAGGGAGAGGAUUCGGGAGCUGGAGAGAGAACGCUGGCAGAUCAAUGAAACUGUGCUCCUGAAAGAAGCGCUCAAGGUACUCGGUGAUAAAGAAGAAAAGGCGACUGAAGAGCUGCAGAUCCUGACCGAGGAAAUGAAAAUUAAGGAUGAAGCCUUCGAUUCUGAUAUUGCCAAGCUCAAGAACGAGUUGGACUGCAACACUCGCGCUCACAACGCAGAGCGAGAAAGUUGGGAAGAUCAAGUCAAAAUUCUCCAGGACGAGAUCGAAAAGCUGACCGCCGACCAUGAAGAAUACGAGGAGUUGAUGUCCGAAGAGAUGGAUAUUGUCAAGACAGCUUUGGAUCACAGCGAGGCGGCGUACAGAGCUCUGAUCUCCGAACACAGAAACUGCCAACUCGCGAUGCUCAAAGGCUCGGAGGACAUUAAGCUGGAAAAGGAGCGCAUGGGAAUGCAAAUUGCCGAUUUGGAGCAUCAGCUGAACUGCCACAAGAAUGUCGUUCGUACCCAUGAACAGAGUCUAGAGCAAAGGGAGAUUCGUAUCAAGGAACUCGAGAUUGACGCGCAGAAAACUCAGCAGAAGAUGAGCGACUUGCAGUACCAACAUCAGUGCGACAUGAAAUUCGCUCUGCAUGAAGAAACGAAGAAACACGAACGGCAGAUCGACGCCGUCAUGACUCACCACAAGAAUGAGCUCCAAAACGAACAGGAGGCCUCGAGAGCGAUUCUUCUGAGAGAGAGGAACACUCAUGCCGAAGUUCUCGAAAAAGCUCAGAAUACGAUUGCCAAGCGCAUUAAGCUCUUCGACACUCUCAAAAUAUCAACCGACAUCACGAUUGAUGAAAUGUCCAGGGAGAUCCAAUGUCUCAGGAAGACGGCCGCCAAGCAUAGCAAUAAGAUUCGUGACCUCGACGGUCUGAUUCUUAUGAUCCAAAAAGAGCACCUCCGCGAGAUUAUUAUGCUGAACGACGCUCACGCGAAGCUGGUGAACAACCUGGGAGUGCAAACGUUCGAUUCGGAAUUCGACAACGGCAACAACGACGACGUUAGACCAGAGGAGGAGAACGAGUCGGAGGACGAGGAGGAUGAGGAGGAUGAGGAGGAUGAGGACGAGGAGGAUGAGGACGAGGAGGAUGAGGAGGAUGAGGACGAAGACGAGGAGGAAGACGAGGAGGAAGACGAGGAGGAAGACGAGGAGGAGUCGGCCGAAGAAGAAGAAAACAACGACGAGCAGAACGAGGAUGCAUCCGAUGGCGGGGAAAGCGGCCACGACGAUUGGGAGCUGAUCAAUGAAUAA